CCGAGUCUCUGCGCCGGAGGCUGGAACCCUCCGCAGUAAACGGCACCCAUGAAGGUGGAGGAAGUCAUCUCGGUUUCUGACACCACCAACUUCAGCUUCAGCACUGCCACCACUAUCCUGUGCCCGGUUAACCGGAUUUUCACCCAUCGCUUCCUGCCGGCUGUGUACCUCAUCGUGUCCCUGCUGGGGCUGCUGGGGAAUGGGCUGGGGCUGUGGAAUCUCUGUGCCGGGUCCCGGAGGAACAGCUGGAACACCCUCAGCGUGCUGAUGUGCAACCUAGGGGUGGCAGACCUACUCUAUGUGAUCACAUUGCCCUUCCUGGUGACCUACUAUCUCCAGGGGGACGUGUGGCUCUUUGGGAAAGGCUGCUGCAGGCUGACGCGGGCCCUCUUCCACCUCAAUCUCUAUGCCAGCAUUGGCUUCCUGACCUGCAUCAGCAUCCACCGCUACCUGGGCAUCGUGUACCCACUGAAGAUGCUGGGUAGGUGCCAAACCCUGGGGCCCCACUUCUUCAUCAGUGCCUUGGUAUGGGCAUGGGUCAUCAUCCAGGUGGGUCCUGAUUUUGGCUUCAGCAAAACGGAUAGCACUGGUACACAGUGUCAUGAUACGACAGGACAUGAGAACCUGGGCACCUAUCGGCACUAUGUCCUGGCUGUAACUAUGACUGGCUUUGUCAUCCCCUUCCUCAUAAUCAUUGGCUGCUACUGCCAUGUGGUGGUGGUCCUCUGGAGGAAUGAAAACGUGGACGCAAACCUCAAGAGAAGGAGCAUCAAACUGGUAGUGUUAGUGAUGGUCCUGUUCUCUGCCUGCUUCCUCCCAUAUCACAUCUUCAGGAACCUUAACUUGCUGUCCCGAGGCUGGCAACUCCAGGGGUCCUGCACCCAGACUUCAAAAAACAUCUAUGUCUCCUAUCAGGUGACCCGGGGCCUGGCCAGCUUCAACAGUGCCCUGAACCCUCUGCUCUACCUAAUGACCAGUGAGGACUGCGUGUCACGUAUGAGGACCUUCAGUCAAAGGUCUGGCCAGUCUCUGCGGUCUCUCUGGGAGAGGAGAACCCAGCGCCAAUCAGAUCAGAAGAAAACAAGCAUCAUUCUCUGUGAAGAAUUUGAAGAGGCAUGUGAUGAACUCUGAAUUGGUUGGUUAAAAAAAUAAGAGCAUAGUCUGACUAAGUAUAUGGCAACUUACUUGUGUGUGGUGCCCCAUUCCCUGCCCCUCCAGCCGUCUGUUCUGCCUUUUUAGAGUGCAAGCACAUUGGGGCCUGGACUGAGCCUCCCUCUCUGUUUGUGCAGCAGCUAGCCCAAUGUGGGAGUUACUAAAAGCUACUACUAAAAAAGUGGGCACCAACAUUAUAGGGCCUGGGCCCAGGGCCGGCUCCAGGCACCAGCCGAGCAAGCUGGUGCUUGGGGUGGCAGCUUGUAGGAGGCGGCAUUCCGCCCAAUCCCAGGGCGGCACGACCGCUUGUUGUUGUUGUUGUUGUUCCGCUCCGGCUGCCCUAUAGGGGGCAGCGGCAUGGAGGACGAGAGCGCCCUGCAGCAAGCCCGGCAGGGCAGCCCGCAUCCUUCCCGCCCAGCCAACCGGAGUGGUGCGGAGCCCUCCCGGCAGGGGCCACGGCGGGAGGGGCCAUGUGGCAACACCCUGCUGAAGCCCUGGCCGCCCCCCUUCUCUCUCUUCCCCCGCUCCCUCCCCCCACUAGCCGGGGCACAUCUGCAGGGCAGGGAGUCUCCCUGCA